ACCUCUGAUAUGCAGGCCACGUUUGAUCCCACCCAGCCCGCUCCAGCAAGCUAUGCCACCACGGUGCAGAACCCUAACUCGUCGAGCGGUGUGUCGCCGAACUUUAACGGAGCCACCGGGAGAGUGACUGGUUGGCUGCAGCUCUCCCUUGGUAUCGGGAGCGCCGCCGUCGCCAUUUUCGAAUUGCUCCUCGGCACCGGGCUAGGCUAUGUCGCACUGGGAAUUUGGGCAAGUGUUCUGUUCUACAUUCCUACCGGUAUCUUAGGAAUAUUUUCGAUGCAGAAGAACACUUGCGUGAUCAUUGGCUAUCUUACGAUGUGUAUCAUCUCGGCAAAUGUUGCCUUUGCUCAAAUGAUUGUUGGUGCCAUUGGGGCAUCACUCACCGGUGCCUAUCUCAAUGACGAUGCCUAUGGCUACAGUUAUCAAGGAAUAGUGGUAUGUAUACAGGCUACAUGUUAA